CAACUGCCCUUAAAAGGGUUAAAGUGCAUAUAUAGCAACGUUAUAUACUCAAUCUAGUUAUGAAGAAGGCCAGUUUGGUAUAUAAGGACGAGGAAGUUAUAUAAACAGAGUGCUAAGAAUAUGAGUGGCACUGACUAUAGUCAGAAACGUCGGAGUUUGUAGAUUUCGAACACACUAACUCGCUCACACAUUCUGUCUGUGGUGACUCGAUGGAAGAAAAAGGGUUGGUGGUGUUGAUGGUGAUGCUAAGUUUGUUUGCUUCGAGUUUUAGCGUUUCUUCUUCACCUCUCAACAAUGAAGGCAUGAUGCAUGAUGAUGGUUUGGCUCUGUUAAAGUUGAAGAACAGAGUGGUAAGAGACCCAUUUGGAGCUUUGUCCAAUUGGAAUGGCGAAGGCGUACAUACCGAUCCCUGUUCAUGGUUUGGAGUAGAAUGCUCCGUUCACGGCAAAGUUGUUUCCUUGAAUUUGAAGGACCUUUGUCUUGAAGGAACACUAGCCCCUGAAAUUGGGAAGCUGACUCACAUAAAAUCUAUCAUUUUGCGCAACAAUUCUCUUUUUGGAGAGAUUCCUAAAGAGAUAUCACAACUGGAGGAGCUGGAAGUCCUUGACUUGGCACAUAACAACUUUAAAGGAUCGUUUCCAUCUGACCCGGGCAGCAAUCCAUCCCUCACUACCCUGCCCAUAGACCACCAUGGGGAUUUGCAUUACAAGAGGAAACUUCUUCAUAGAUCAAAAGCAAGGAGACUAAGAGAUGAUAACAAAGAGUCGAUUUCACCAUCAUCCUCACCUUUCCCCUCUUCAUUACCACCAGAUUAUGAGCCUUUCUCGCCAUCAGAAUCACCCUCAAAUCCACCAUCUGCAUUAACCCCAUCACCAUAUAUUCUCCCACCUUUAAGGUCCCCUGAAGUUUCCCCUUCACCUUCUCCGUCCUCUAUUUUUCUCACUCCUUCAAUUUCACCAAUGGUGACACCAACCCCAGGAAUAUCACUACCAGCAAAUCCACCUACUGUUGUAUCCUCUCCUUCACAGUCCAAUUGGAUUUCAGAGCCUUCCCCUGCUUCAUUUUGGAACCAAGGGAGCACAAAAAGUUUCAAGCCCCAGAAAUCUCUGAUCAUUUGGUCAACAGCUGGGGGCGUAUCCUUGCUGGUUGUCGUGUCAGCGAUUGUUUUUACUUGCUUCCGAACUAGCAGGGUCGUAACUGUGAAACCUUGGUCCACAGGGUUAAGUGGGCAGCUGCAGAAGGCUUUCAUCACAGGUGUGCCAAAUCUCAGACGAGCAGAGGUUCAAGCAGCUUGUGAAGAUUUCAGCAACAUCAUCGGUUCUAUUCCAGAGGGCACUGUUUACAAAGGGACUCUUUCCAGUGGUGUUGAGAUUGCUGUAGUAUCUACUGCAGUGACCUCAUCUAAAUACUGGCCUAAAACUAUGGAAGCUCAAUUUAGAAGAAAGAUAGAGACCUUAUCCCGUGUGAACCACAAGAACUUUGUGAAUCUUAUCGGGUACUGUGAAGAGAAGAAACCAUUCACAAGAAUGAUGGUCUUUGAGUAUGCUCCAAAUGGAACUCUCUUUGAACAUCUACAUAUAAGAGAAGCAGAGCAGCUAGACUGGGGAAUGAGAAUGAGGAUUGCUAUGGGAAUAGCUUAUUGCCUAGAACAUAUGCAUCAGCUGGAACCACCCAUUUCCCUCAGAAACCUUCAGUCUUCAUCUAUAUAUCUCACUGAAGACAAUGCUGCUCAAGUAUCAGACCUUUGUUUCUGGAAUGACAUGGCUGCUGCUACAAAGAAAAGUUCUGCAGCCACAGAGCCAUCGGAAACACCGUCAACAUACCCCAAGGAAAAUGUUUAUAGCUUUGGCGUUAUACUGUUUGAGUUGAUCACAGGGCGAACUCCCUAUCCUGUGGAGAUUGGCUUUCUGUCACAGUACUUAACAAUGGGGCAAUCCCUGAGAGAUUUGGUGGAUCCAACUCUGAACUCUGUGCAAGCAGAAGAGGUUGAGAAAUGGUGGGAAUUGAUAAAAGAGUGCUUGCAUUCAGAACCAGAGAAAAGGCCUACUAUGAGAGAGGUUGCAGCUAAGUUGAAGGAAAUAACUGGCAUGGGACCUGAUGGAGCAACUCCAAAAUCUUCCCCUCUUUGGUGGGCAGAACUCGAAAUUAUGUCCACGGAUUCUGCCUGAGAAUUUAAUCCAUGAACAAGAAGAAAAGACUGGGAUGUUAAUGGUGUUUCAAGUCAUUUUCUAUUUCUUCUUUUCAUUUGUAUGUACAUGAAAUUGAUUCUUCUAUUAAAGCUAACAGUAGUAGCACUUAGGAAUAGGGAGUGCUCUUUAAUAUUUUAAGGGAAUUUGACCCCAAAAAAAUGACCUAAUUAUAUUAUGUCUGUAUCCAACUAGAUGGGGUCAUGGGCAUCGCAUGAAAUUUGUGAAAUGAGUCGUAUUGAUAACAAAUUGUAAACUGUACAACUUGUCAUAGAUUUUAUAUUUUACAUGGAGAUUGAUUGAUUGUUUCUUUGGAUCUAA